CCAGACAGUAGACAAACACCCGCCAUGGCUUCCUCCUCAAACCCCAGCGACCCCCUCAACGGCGCCGCCGCUGCAGCCUCCGGCCCGGGACCCGACGAUGCCCAGGGCUUCGUCUCGGACCUGCGCGCGAAGGAUGUCGACGAGCUUCGAGCCAGGCACGGCGUCCCCAAUGAGUACACCGCACUCCUCGCCGGUGACCUGCGCGCGAAUUCGCCGCCGCCGGAAGGGUUCAUUUGCGUGUAUGAGGCCGCGCUGGAGGGCGGGAUGCGAAUCCCGCUGGACCGUUUCUUCUGGCAGGUACUUUCCCAUUUCCGCAUCGCGCCGUCCCAGCUCACGCCGAACUGCUGGCGCAUGAUGGCCGGGUUCUCCGUACUCUGCCACGAGGCCCGCGCGGAGCCAUCGUUGGCCGUCUUCCUGCACUUCUUCUCCAUUGUCGUUCAUGGAAAUGGAUGGUACCUUUUUCGAGCGAAGAAGAACCUGCGUUUCACGGGGUUUCCGCAUUACAUCAAGGAUUGGAAGCGUGGCUUCUUUUUUCUCCUCUCGCCAACGUCAUGGCCUUGCCCCGUGGAGUGGGGUGAGCCCCCUCAAAGCGCUUUAAGGGAGCUAGCCCUCAGUCCUAAGGAGAAUAAAUUGGCGGCGGAGCUGUUGCAUGCUCAUAGUGCUGCUCCUGUUGAUCUCAAUGUCUAUCUUUCUUACAAUAAACCUACCGCUGUUAAGAUAUCUAGUGCACCUCUACCAUCGGCCAUGACCAUUCCUUCAGUGCCUACAACCACCCAUUCUAAAGGUAAACACCAAAAUCUCCUUUUGUGCUCAUGAUUUUUUUGUCCAAUGAAGGAUGUUAAUCUUAUUCUCUACCAGAGAUGGAUUCCUCCAUUCUCGACUUCAUGUACACCAUGGUGGCCGACACGAAAGUUGCUCAAGCCUCCGAACAGGUAGAGAAGGGAAAAUGUAUGCCAGCCAAGAAAAGGCGUCUGAACGAAGCCAGCAGCAAAGAGGUCGAGGGUCUGCAUCCUACAGCGGUAUUGAACACCUCUCAUGCUGCCCAUGGGCCAUGGCUGCUCGUCGCCUGCCGGAAUGUGUUCGGCACCGCCACUGCACUUCUCCAACAACAGCAUCGACUGGAAGGCCGCACAGGAGCUGCUGCAGGGUCUCACGGCGUCCCAAGAGCGCUUGUUCGCAGCCAAGGAGCCUUCAGAUGUCGUUGCAUCUGGCUUUCUGGCCACGCUCGAGGCCUUGAAUUACGUAACGUUCUCUUUGGGGUAUGCUGUGGAUGUGGACAAGAAACUGGAGUCGGCGGAGCUUGACAACGCAGCAUUGCGGGAACAGCUAGAGAAGACAAAGGCCGAGCUCGUGGAGUCGAAGCGUGAGGCAGAAGCGGACCGGGAGAAGGCAAAGGCCGAGCUCGUGGUGUGGAAACGGGCAGCAGAAGAAGACCGGGAGAAGGCAAAGGCCGAGCUCGCCACGGUCAAACGGUCGGCCGAGGAGGAGCUGCAGAAGGUGAAGGCACAGCUGGAGAGCAGCAAGGCGGCGGAGCAGCGCAUGCUACAGCGUCUAGAGCAGCGCGCACUGGAGGGUGCACCGCACGGAGGACGACAUGGUGCGUGUGGCGCCACAGAGACCAAGCCGCCCCAGGUCGUGCUGAUUGAUGAUUAGUUCACUGGUUUGAUCGCUUGGAGUUGGAUCCGUUUCAUCGCGCAUUUCAGGUAAAUCAGGUUCUCCUGAUGUCCUGAUGGCAAACAAAGCGCCUGUUUGUUUCACAACUCGUAGUAUCUUCAGUCUGUCUUUGCAAGUGGUAUGGGAUUCAUUUUGCUCCGCGCGAGAAAGGAUGCCAAGUUGUAAUCAAUAUUUAUA